CGAGAUGAUACUUGGGGCUGCAUGAGUGUGGCGUCAUCCCCCUGCGCCGCGUCGCGCUGCCGGCUUCCUCCGCCUGCUCGUCGCCGCUGUGUCAUUGCGGCGCGCUUCCCGCUCCGGCUGUCCUGAAGUCUCGUUGUUGCGCCGCUAGUUGCCUGUCCCUCGGAGGCCCUCAUGGAGUACCUCAUCGGCAUUCAAGGCCCAGACUUCGUGCUGGUGGCCGCCGACACUAUCGCCGCCUCCAGCAUCGUCCACAUGAAGCGCGACCAUGACAAGAUGUUCAAGAUGAGUGAGAAAAUUUUGCUUCUUUGCGUUGGGGAGGCUGGAGACACGGUCCAGUUUGCAGAAUACAUCCAGAAAAAUGUCCAGCUCUACAAGAUGAGGAACGGAUAUGAGCUGUCUCCGACUGCAGCUGCCAACUUCACACGUCGAAAUCUGGCUGACUAUCUGCGGAGCAGGACUCCUUAUCACGUCAACCUCCUCCUCGCAGGCUACGAUGAACAGGACGGCCCUGCCCUUUACUACAUGGACUACCUUGCCUCCUUGGCAAAAGCUCCCUUUGCAGCCCACGGUUACGGUGCAUUCUUAACUCUCAGCAUUCUGGACCGCUACUACAAACCAGGUCUCACCCGUGAAGAGGCAGUGGAGAUCCUUAAAAAAUGUCUUGAGGAGCUCCAAAAACGCUUCAUCCUGAACCUGCCUUCAUUCAAUGCCCGAUUCAUCGACAAAGAUGGCAUCCACGAAGUGACCAACGUCCCUCUCCUGAAAGCGGUGGCCUGAAUGCCCAAGCGGUCCUUCUUCUGCCUCUCUGGAGCUUUUUGUACUUGUUUGGAACCCACAGCUCAUGUCCUGCACUUUGCAAAGACUAAUAAAGAUUUCCUCUUACAAAGCUC